GUCAGCUACGUGAAAAUCUUCUUCUACUAGGUCAGCUACCUCAGGUCCUCCUGCUAGGUCAGCUACCUCAGGUCCUCCUGCUAGGUCAGCAACCUCAGGUCCUCCUGCUAGGUCAGCUACCUCAGGUCCUCCUGCUAGGUCAGCAACCUCAGGUCCUCCUGCUAGGUCAGUUACCUCAGGUCCUCCUGCUAG